GCGUGGAGAUGAUCGCGUCUGGUCUGCACUCGGCAACUUCACUGUAGCAUCAGCCGGAGCGGAAUGUACAAUGCAGGUGUGGUCCGGCCUCACUGAGAGCGAACAAGUUGGGCAAGACGUGCCGUGAAAAGGAAACGAUUUCAGAUCCCGGCUCCCGGAUCCAGGGCUCCAGGCUCCAGGAUUUUGGGGCGCCGUUCACCGCUAAGGAGUGCAGCAGUUCUCCAAGGUACACAGUGGAGAGUGCACACUGUCCAGCCGCGUCACCGCCUGGUCUAGAAGCAUGGAAUGGAAAAGUAGUGGAUACAGCCUGGUCCAUAACAGGAAAAGGCCAUUCCACCAUUGAGCACAUGUACUGUUGCGGGAAAGCAGCAUCCAUCAUCCAAGACUGCCACCAUCCAGGCCAUGCUCUCUGCUCGCUGCUGCCAUCAGGGAAGGAGGUACAAAAGUCUUAGGUCCCACACCACCAGGUUCAGGAACAGCUAUUGAAUCAGAGGGGAUAACUUCACUCAGCUACAAUCAGCCCAACAUUGAAAUGAUUCCACAAUCUUUAAGGACUCUACAACUCAUCUUCUCAAUAUAUGUGGUUUAUUUAAUGAGAAUCAGAAUCAGGUUUAUAUCAUCAGCAUAUGUCAGGAGAUCUAUUGUCUUUGUGGCAGCAGUACAACACAAAACAUAAUAAAAUCUGUGAAGUACACAGGUGGGAACUUCUGACAGUAGCAAUGCCAGAUUGAAAAUGUCUAUGAACACAUCCGCCAGUUGGCUGGUACAGGUUUCAGAGCCAUACCAGGUUCCAUCUAGAUUCUCCUGAGCACAAGCUACUGCUUUAAAUAGGUGUUCUGCUGCUCUGGAAAUUUCCGCUACUGCACUGAGCUGGAUGAGUCAGAACAUCUUCUGUCACAACAUCUCAAAGGCACAAGCAGUUUCUCCAUCGCUGCUUUUGUGGGAAAUCAUUCUGGGCAUUAAAAGUAAAUCAGAAAGGAGGAGCCUGCUAGCCAAUACAGGCUAUUUACUCCACAAAUUUCAGAACUCAAGCACUUUCAAAUCCAUUCAUUUCAGGAGCUUCUAGCAACAGAAAUCUCUGGAAUCCAUUGACUCACCAUCUCUGCGAGACACUAGUUUUAGAAUUUGCGAAAUUCAGGAACCAGGACUCCAAAAUCCAUUAAGGACCACAUGGACAAGUUAACUACAGAAUUCACCACUUUCUGGGAUCCAUGAACCUCAGAAAUUAUUAACUCCACAGUGUAUCAAAGGCAUUAGCCACCAAGUGCAAUAUUGACUAGUUCCAGGACUAUUAAGCUCUCUAACUCCAGGUCUAACAGUCUUCAAGAUCCAUUUAUUCCAAAACCUACAAACUGUGAGAUCCAGAAGCCAUUGAGUCCAGGUUGUGUUGACUCAUGAAGCCAAAAAAAUCCAGGAACCACUGAGACCCAGAUUUACUCACACCCCCAGACCUCAGGAUCUACAGACACUUGGAUCCUCAAUCUCCAGGAUCCACCAUCUACAAGAUUCACCAACUCUGGGAUCUACCAGCUGUGGGUCCACAUAUUGCAAGUAUUCUCAAACUUAGUCACUACAUCCAACAUCUGUAGCUACAGGUUUCAAAAACUCUUGCAAUGACUCAAUAAUGACUCCAUAAACUAUAACAUCCACUAACUUUGGGUUGUACAAACCAGAAUCUGCUACUUACUUCAUUGAGUCGCAGCAGUAACGAGCAGAAGUCAUCAACAUUGGCAGCCAGAGUUGAUUUUUAUCUCUGGUAUCAUUUAACUGCAGUAAGUACUGACACUCCAGCUCCAGGAACCACUAACGAGAUAUUCUAAAACAAAGAUGCAGAACAAAACGACCAGAACAAAAAGUUACAAGUUUCACUAAUUAUAAGGACUAUGAAGCACAGGAUCUGCUAACUUGAGGAUUGGCUAAGACCCACCACUGGGUUCAAUUUGUGUUACUGGCUGUGUGUUCUCCCCGUGACUGCAUGCAUUUCCUCCGGGUGCUCCAGUUUUCUCCCACGUUCUAAAGACGUACGGUUUAGUCAGUUAAUUGGUCACUUGAGUGUACGCUCAUUAGGCCAGGAGGACCUGUUACUGUGCUGUAUCUCGAAAACAAGACGCACAAACUCACAAUUGUGAGAUCUACUAUAAUACAUGUUGUACUGUUUAAACCAUUAGCUGCAGAAUGCAUUAGUUCCAGGAUCCACCUACCAAAAUAUCCAGGAUCCACUAUUCCCUUAAAAGUUGGGAUCAAUGCAAUCCCCUGACUCCACUGUCCAACAACAGCAAGACUGAAUGAAUCUAGAAUCCACAGGCUCACCUCCCACUAGGAAUUCAGGUAAUUAUUGUUGAGAUAUAAAAUAUCCCAGCAAUCCCAAUCACCAGGAGAAUUAAAACACAACUUUUAAAUUCAGCAUUGAUUCCCAGCUCCCCAUUCAGAGAAACGUGAGGCCCUCCAGCAACAUGACGGUGGCCCAGGGGGACAAUGUGGACGAGUUGGCAGCUCUCCCGGUCCAGAACCAGGACUUGUAUGGACUGGAGCAAAAUCACGAAUGCUGUGAGAGGGUUGUGAUCAACAUCUCAGGCCUACGGUUCGAGACUCAGCUGAGGACUUUGGCCCAGUUCCCCGAUACCCUGCUUGGGGACCCCAAGAAGAGGAUGGGCUACUUUGAUCCCCUGAGGAAUGAGUACUUCUUCGACAGGAACCGGCCGAGUUUCGAUGCCAUUCUGUACUACUACCAGUCGGGGGGGAGGCUGCGCAGACCCGUCAACGUGCCCCUAGACAUCUUUGCGGAGGAGAUACGAUUCUACGAGCUCGGAGAGGAGGCCAUGGAGAUGUUCCGGGAGGAUGAAGGCUUCAUCAAGGAAGAGGAGCGGCCCUUACCGGAGAAUGAGUUCCAACGGCAGAUCUGGCUGCUCUUCGAGUACCCCGAGAGCUCAGGCCCGGCCCGAGUCAUUGCCAUCAUGUCCGUCAUGGUCAUCCUCAUCUCCAUUGUCAGCUUCUGCCUGGAGACACUCCCUGUCUUCAGGGACGAGAAGGAAAACCCAGCCGGGGGUCAGCCUCAUUAUAGCAAUGAGACGACUCCCUAUCACGCCCCGAGCUUUGCUGACCCCUUCUUCAUUGUCGAGACCCUCUGCAUCAUCUGGUUCUCAUUUGAGUUUCUUGUCCGGCUGUUCGCCUGCCCGAGCAAGCCCACCUUCUUCAGGAACAUCAUGAACAUCAUUGACAUCGUGGCCAUCACACCCUACUUCAUCACACUGGGGACUGAGUUGGCCGCACAGCAACAACAGCAGCAGCAGGCAGGCAAUGGGCAACAGCAGGGGCAGCAGGCCAUGUCUCUGGCCAUUCUGAGGGUCAUCCGUCUGGUCCGAGUCUUCCGCAUAUUCAAGCUGUCCAGGCACUCCAAGGGCCUGCAGAUCCUCGGGCAGACACUGAAGGCCAGUAUGAGGGAGCUGGGCCUCCUCAUCUUCUUCCUCUUCAUCGGCGUCAUCCUCUUCUCCAGCGCUGUCUACUUUGCCGAGGCCGAUGAGGCCAGCUCCUUCUUCGACAGCAUCCCCGAUGCCUUCUGGUGGGCCGUGGUAUCCAUGACCACGGUGGGCUAUGGGGACAUGUACCCCGUCACCAUCGGUGGCAAGAUGGUGGGUUCCCUCUGCGCCAUCGCCGGUGUGCUGACUAUUGCGCUACCCGUACCCGUCAUCGUCUCCAACUUCAACUACUUCUACCACCGGGAGACAGAAAACGAGGAGCAGGCACAGUACUUACACGUGAAGAGCUGCCCCACCAUCCCGUCCGUCACUGACCUGAAGAGGAGCAACAGCACGUCAAGCAUCUGCAAGUCAGAAUACAACCAGGAGGGGGUGCCGUGCACCCGACAACCCCCCGACCACAACCUCCACAAUGACAAUUGCACUUUAUCCAACCCCAACUAUGUCAACAUCACCAAGAUGCGGAGCGACGUGUGAGCAGGUCACAGACUUUGGCCCCACCUCCUCUCUUUAGUUUACAGCUUGCUUUGCGUGUCCGUCCAUGUGGCUCCUAGUACUUGUUUUAGAGUAUUAAACAUUCACAUGGUAACUAUGUCCCUUCAAACCCUUCCCGACACAUUCCAUCGCCCUCCACUCGGGGAAAUAUACUAUUAACUUUAGAGAAAGCCAAAAAAAAUAGAAGAAUCCUGCAUGUGACAACUAUAAUGAGUAACAAAACUCGAGAGUACCGACGAAAUCCUUUACUGGAAUGGCCUAGUUCAACUUAUUUAUCUAAAUACCACAUCUACACAAUGGAUAAUUUAAUCUGCCUGCCUGCUAUUACAUUCAAUCACUAAAGUUAAAACACA